AGAUGAACAAGUAUAUUAUAUACACUACCAGUGUCUAGUAACUGCCAGUGAUUGAUUAGGGCGGGAUGAUCUAUGUAAGAGUUUGGUUGAUACACAGAUGAUUGUGCUUGGCAGGUACCUCAAGUACGAGUAGUUGCCGAAUAUUUGUGUGCUGUGUGGGUAGUAUAAUUGGUUGUAGCUGUAGAUUGCUGUGCAUUUCUACUUAUGCGAUUCGUCAUUUGAAGAAGUCUCGGCCUUUAAGUGAAAAAUUCCCACCAGGUCCCUCGUUCGGUUACAGGAAAUGGAGUCCUUGAGUUGUUUUACAACUGAUGGUUAGGUUUAAAUGCCCACCUUCAGUGUGCCGAUCAACAAUCUCAAUCUUGAUACCUCAGGCGUCGCUGGAUUCUUCGGUGGGGAUGAAGCGAUCUCAGCGAUGGCUACUGUCCAUCUCUACCGCGGGAGGCGCUGGCUAGGCUGGUAUAAUUCGCCAGGAAGUUACAUUGUUGCCAAAAAGUUCGGGCAACUUGCUAAUUCGCGGUUUUGGGAUGGGCUUUUCCCUGGUCCGAAUUUAUCACCAGCCGAGGUAUUUGGGCUGGAUGGGCAAACCGGCCCUCGUUAUUGGGGUGUUUUGUCAGGCACGGAUAUGCAAACAGGCCACCUGGCAUACCUUGUAGUGCAGAAGACGAAAGAAGUUGAGGAAGUGGUAAAAUUGGGAGGAAGGGAGACUAUACCUCUAACAGUCACUAUCCUCGAUAUCGGAGAUGUUAUACUCAGGCAUACGGACCAGGCGCCAAUGAUGAGCGUCCAUCAUGCUCUCUUGGCCGCUAUUCCUAUCACAAUCAAUCUCGCAACGUGCGUGCUUUGCGCGGCUUCGGGAGAUUGGCCAGCCUUCACCCUCAUCUUGUUGGGGGUCAUUUCAGGCGGGAUAUCUUGCUUUGUCAUCGGCUCUGCUCAACUCGACUUUCUUUCUGGCGUGAGGGAACCCGCUCCAGGUACGCCACCCGCAGACGGGAUACUCCUGAUGCGAAACGACGUGGUCAUUGUCAGAGGCGCAGAGAAAGAUGUCAAUCCAAUAACGAAAGGCAAAUUUGUCCUGAGGAUGGAUGGCGGCCCAGAGUACAGACGAAUUGGAUUCUGCUCGCUUCUCCUCCUCGCGCAGUUCCUUCUCCAGCUUCUUUUCAUCCCUCAGGCAUCGACAUUCGGGCAGAUCAUGUUCAUCUCGUCUGUUGCAGCCUCAUGGACAUAUAAUUCAUUUCUGUCGUCGUUGGAGCAGGAGAAAAUACAAGUCAAUAUCCUAUGGAAAGCGCUUGACAAUCCGCGACUAUUGAAAUUUGGACUUAAAAGCAGAGCUGCUCAGGCAGUUUUUACAUGCCUGGUCCUCAGCAAUGGCAUCCAAAGGCCAUUUGUUGACUUCAGCCCAAAGAAAGUCCUGCAACGUUUCAUCUCGAACGACACAAGAGUAUGGAAUGUAUGGAGAGACAAAGUGGCGGAGCAAUUGGAAAAUAACAACGAAGGAAAGUCGUUCAACCUUGACUCUAAAGAUUUGCGAGGGUUCAGUGAUCAUGAAAGGGCCCUCCUGGCAUCAUUACUUCGAGACGCACACGAUACGUAUAGAGGUUAUCAGGAACAAGAACAUAAGAUUAGGAACAAUACCCACAUUUCUGAAAAACAAGUACCUCGACCGGACUCCUUUGUUGAAAGUCGUGUGUAAUACUUGUUGUAACGUACGUACAGCCGGCUCAGAAGCUAUCCAACCUGUGCUGCACGUUGCAGCCCUAGAUCGCAUUAAUGCAACACAUGGUGGACUCUAUGCGCCCAG